AUGGGCAAUAGAAUCCGUCAGCGUAGAUCGGAAAACUCGAUCUCCCGAGGACUGGGAUCACCGCACUCCAUGAUCGGCCCACCCCGUGCAGGGUUACUAAGUGUUCUGCGAACUGGGUACGUUGUUUCGCGAUGGACCUCCGUUGAUCUGCGAAUUCAGGUUGUGGUUCCCGUUUGUGACAGAGUUCCCGUUUGUGCGUCGAUCCCUCUCCGCACGUUCUGUCCCGUUUGCGAACAUGAUGCUUUUGUAAUAACAAGUUCUGAUGUCGUGUUAGACCAGACCCGUAAAGUGCCGGGAUUCUUGGACUGUUCUACUUCCAUACCCUUGCAAAUCUUCUACCUCGGGCGGUAA